GUAGUUUUAAAUAAAUCAAUAUGGAAACAGGGUUAAGAUUUUAUUUUAUUUUUUUAGCCAUAAUUCCGCAGCUCAGGUGCUGCUGUUGUGCGUCAUCUGCUCACAGGGCGCAAAUCUGCGCCGUUCUUUCUCGCGCAGAUUCCUCAGCCUGACCGCAGCGCGAUUAUGAAGGCAGUUAUGAAGUUGUGCAGGUAGGCGGGGGUGAUAGGUGCCGGUGGGAGGGGUCCUGCGCCCGGCGGGGCUUGACAGCUCCGUACUAUUGGCUGACACUAGAGGGGGAAACUCUACCUGUUACCUGAGAAAAGGAGUGCCAUUCGUCAUCAUCCGAUUCCAAAUCAGGAUCAAGUUUUCCUUCCUCCAGCAAUCCGGAGAGGUAGAAGUCGGCCAGGACCGCCGGGAGCUGAACGAGCGACUGGAGCAGGACGCCGAGCAUGGAGCCUAUCGCGGCGUGGAGCGAGGAGAGAGUCACCAAGUGGCUCCAAGGUCUGGAUGCUCCCACUGAUCAGUACCAGGUGUCGGAGUGGCACCUGUCAGGUCUGGACCUUCUCCAGUUGACGUCCCAGGAUCUGGAGGCGUUGGGAGUUCAAAAGAUCGGACACCAGGAGCUGAUUCUGGAGGCUGUGGAGAAACUCUGCUCCCUGACUUAUGGCAUGGGAGGAGAAAACCUGCGCGGUCUGACAGAAAAGCUGCGCGUCGUUGCCCACUCCCUGCCGAUAGCCAUCCAGGGCGGUUGGCGCCACAACAGCUACGACGGACGGAGCGCCACCAAGCUGCCAGCUGGCGUCCUGAAGAACGUCAUAGAGCUCAUCACUUCUGCCAGAGGCCUCUUCUGCUUGCUCAACAGAUAUCAGUUAUCCCAGCUCAGCAGAUACACCUCUACUCAGAGCAUAUUCACCCAUUGUAGAAAUCUGGGAGACAUCGUCCACAAGGAUUCCACCGUCUACGAAAAGGAGAAGGACAUCAUAUCUGUUUGCCGUCAGCUGGUGGAGGUUUGUGACGAGAUCCUGAACUCCAGCUCCGAUUCGCUUCUGACCCACACGGCUCAGCUGGAGAGCGUCAACCUGGUACCUGCUACACUCGGUGAUCAACUGGGGAUCGAGAUAACAUCCACCAGCUCCAGCAACCACUACGUGACGGGAACGGCUGCUGAGCCUUCCACUGAUGCCUAUUUGCGAGUCCUGUCUGGUGAUGAAGUGAUCCAAGUCAACGACCAGAUAGUGGUCGGUUGGAGCAGAGCCAGACUUAUUGAGAAGGUGCGGGAGAAUCCUGGUGGAGUGACUCUGAUCAUAAAGAGGAUCCCAGGUUCGCUGCAGCGCAAGCAUUCGAUCCAGAUCACACCUGUGCAGAAGGAGGAAGAGGAGAGACGAGUGAGUUCGGAGGAAGAAGAACCGGAGGGCAAAGAGGAGAAUCAGAGGCACUCCAUAUUUGAGAGAGUAGCAGCUUCUGUCAGAUCCCUGUCAUUUAGGCGGGCCAUUCAUGGGCCGGAGGUUCGACAGAAGCAUAUGGGACAGGAAGAGUCUGAGUUGCCUUCUGACAGGGAGCAGGAGAGGACCGUGACGUUAGCUGCAUUUCAGAACCAACCAGGCAGGUUGUCUCCUCUGCCGGCGUCAGUGGCUGAGAGUCUGGAUGGUUCGAGGCGCUCUCCAAAUCUCAGGAAAGACCGAACGCCGUCACCAAGAAGUCCUUCGCCUUUUGAAUUUAACCUAGAAAGAAGCAGCGUCAGCUCCUGCCCAGACAUGGUGGGGCACACGUCGAAUAAGGAAACCAAGAAGAGCUCUACGAAAGGAAUGUCGACAGCUCUGAGCCGGCGCCGAGUCUCCUGCCGGGACUUGGCUCAUCCCGACUGCGACGGCUGGCUCUGGAAAAAGAGGAAGGAGAGCAGCGUCUUCAUCACCCAGAAGUGGCAGCGCUUCUGGUUUGUUCUGAAAGGACCCAAUCUGUACUGGUAUAACACGCAACAGGAUGAAAAAGCUGAGGGUCUCCUAAGUGUAUCCAGCUACAACUUAGAGAGUGGUGGAGAGCACAAGAGAAAACACGUUUUCCAAAUGACCCAUAAGAAAUUUCAGAACUUCUUCUUCGCCGUUGAUUCUGCCGCCGACCUGAGCAAGUGGAUCAACAGUCUGAUUAUAGCCAUACAGAAGCACAAGAGGCUCCAGAAAGGCCCAGAUAGUGAAGAAGAAUGUUACAGCGAAACUGAAUCGGAGAGCGAAUCGUCUCCUUCAGCUCGCAGGAAAAACAAGCAGAAAGUUCAGUCUAACACUCUGCCUCGACCUAAGGGGAAAAUAAACAAGGCGCCAUUACCGACUUCUUCAACAGAGGGCAGUAAAGAUGGUGGCACCGUGGAUGAGAUGGGGAGGAUGUUUAACAACCUGAAGGAAGGAGGCGUUUCUCUGAUUGGCCAUGAGCAGCCGUUCACGCAGGACCACUUCAGGAAGUCGUUCAUCCGGCGCAACAAGAACCCGGUCAUCAACGAGAAGGUGCACACGCUGCGGGCCCUGCACAGCACGCUGAAGGCGAAAGAAGCCGAGUUGCUGCAGAUCAACAAGCUCCUGGAUGAGUCGGACCUGACCGCAUCCAAGUACCGGCGGUGGAAGGAUCAGAACGAGGAGCUGGUUUCAGAAAUCGAGAAGCUGGCCUCGGCUGCAGGUGGCAGGGACGUCACUCCGGCGGGGGGCAGCAGGGACGGCAGGGACGUCGCUCCGGCGGAGGGCAGUGAGAACGUCGCUCCAGCGGAGGACGGCAGGGACGUCGCUCUGGCGGAGGGCAGUGAGAACGUCGCUCUGGCGGAGGGCGGUGAGGACGUCGCUCUGGCGGAGGGCGGUGAGGACGUUGCUUCGACAGAGGGCAGUGAGGACAUCGCUUCGGCGUGGGACACGCCUGCUGAGGACGUUGCCUUGGAAACGGUUGCCACGGAAACAGCCGCUGCAGAGACUGAGGCAUACAGACUGAGCCUGAGCGACGGUGAGCAGCUCGUCGACGCGGAGCCGUCUGAUGUUCGCCUGGAGAUCCCUCGGGAGUCUCCGAGUCCCGAGUCGAGCCCGCUGCUGGAACUCUCUCUGGGAUCUCUGUCGGACUCCAUAAACAAUCAGCUGCGCAAAAAUGCAGAAAGCAGAGACGCUGGUGGUCAUUACUUCUACAUCUAGAACCUCAGCGGCUCAGUGAAGCCCGUUUAUUGUUGCCCAAUGUUUUUUCCACGGAGCUGUCGAACAGGAGCGCAUGUUCUGAUAUUUACAUUCAAGGAUCUCUAAACAUUGCCUCUCAAUCAAAGGCUGCAUCCUUAAAGACUUUAUUCUCUUGUUAUAUGAGAAAAAAAUCUGCCAAGUUUUCAGCACAUAUUUAUGAAAUUCUGAAAUAUAUUAGAUUUUGCAUUAUUUUAAAAUUUUCCUGUAGGUCAUGCCUUUUUCAUAUGUUGUGUAAAUAUUUUCCCAUAAUUACUGUUUUCAUUGGUUAACUCACAGUACCUUAAUAAAGGUAUAAAUGAAAAACAUUUGAUGGAACGUUUCCAGCAGAGUUGCAGCUGCUGGUCGAAGCUUUUUCAGCUCUUUUGUCUGUGCUUCACUUCACCUCUUCUGUGCUCUUGCUGAUGAACUCUUCGUCAGACUGACUGACUGUCUGAGCGGUGAAUGAAGCAGUGAAGGCCUCUCCAUGCUGGUUUGAAAGAAUAAAGAGAAUUUAGAUCCAAUAUAUGCAAGUAUAUUUCAGUAAAUUGAAAUAUGAUGAUAAAGAAUUGAAAGUGAAACUUGUACCCGGAUGGAUGCAUUUUAAAUGUUUGUUUGUGUUAAUUUUGGCACACAGAUAAUAAAACCAAAAAUUCUGUUUCUCAUAAAUUUGAGUAUUACAAAAGACCAAUAAAAACUGACUUUAUGCUGGAUUUUCAGAAUGAGCUAAAUUUCCAAAUGAAAUCAAAAAUUAACUUUUAUCUGAGAAGGGGUCUUUGCACCACUAAACAACAAUCUGUUGCUUCUCACAUUGACUCUUGCUAAGAAGUUGCUGUCCAUGUUCUGGAUCAGCUCCAAACUCUUGACAGAGCUGCUUCACAACCUUCUGUUUUACCACAUUUUUUCCUUCCACCAAACCUUCUGUUGAUUUGUUUUGAUCCAGCAGCUUGUGACAGUCCGACUUCUUUAGCAGUGAUCUUUUGUGGCUUAUGCUCCUUAUGGAUGGUCUCACUAACUGUGAAGUCAUAAUAUGAUAAUUACAGCAUUCCUGCAGAGAAAGUCAUUUUUUAAAUUGGUCUCAUGAAAUAUUAUGGUUUUCUUUAGGUGUGCAAUAAUAAACAUUUAUCAGUCAUUGUUUAAUGAAUUUAUAUCAUAGUUUUAAAAUAUUAUUUAAAUUACUGAAAAAAAUACAAGCUGCAUAUUGUCAACGUGACUCAGAGCAGUAAGACUGACAAUCACUAGUAAAUGUUUUGUUUAUGUCAGGCUCCAAUGGGUGAAUUUCAGUGUUUAUUACUUUGCUUCCUACAUCUGUCCUCUAACAACAAAAAUAAAAUGUUUUUAAUUCUCUGCUUAGCUUUUCUUGACCAGAACACAACAAAACUUUCAUUGUUGUAACGUCAGUCAGAUUUAUCUUCUACAUUGGCUUCAAAUUUAAAUCUAACUAAAUAAUGACUGAAUCCAUUUGCUUCUUAGUUUCAAGUUAAGGUGUUUUACCAAUUGUGUUUUAUUUUUAUCAGUGUUUUUGUUGUGUCCUCCACAAUUAUUGUUAGUAGGGGUGCACUGAUCUUUAAAAAGCCUUACCUGCCAAUUCCAAUUUUUACUGAUACCAAUUUUUAUGUCGGAAAAGUUGCCAGAUAUAGAGACAAAAACGCUAAAUUGGCAUUAGUGGAAUGACUGAUUUAUUUUUAACUGCACACAUUAAAUACGGCGGGUCUGUGUCUGUCACAGUAAAGCUGGAUUGGUUACACAUGUAAAUAUCAUCUGAUCACUCUAAAUUAAAGAAAUCAGGGUUAAUUAUCAACUGGCCAACUUAUCGGUGCACCCCUUAUCAUCAGCCAAUAUGUGUAAUAAUCUCACAUUGAAAAUUUCUGAAAAAUCCAGCCUUUAAACUGAGAACAGUUUGGAAGAAAUGGCCAUGUUAAAAUGUAGCACAGUUUUGUGUAACGCUUAUUGCUUCCCCCCAACAAGGCAAUAAAUGUAUAACUUAUUCCUGUAACAACAAAAAUAAAAUGUUUUUGUUGAACCCAAAAACUCAACCCAGAACCCAACUGAGAAAUGCUUUCAUACUCAAUAACGUUUUUAAAUUUAUCAGCCUUUAGUUAUUUUUUUAUGUCACGAUUUGUUUGGAAGGCAUUCUAGAAAAAUACCUUUUAAUUUCUUCUAUCUCAAAGAUAAAAACAUGGAGUUCAGUCAACUGUGCUAGGUCCUGAAUAUUAGGACAUUUUUAUUAUCUUGUGAUCAGAUCUCAUACAAAACCUAUGACCUAAUCAAUACAAAAAUGCCUUAACAGACAAAAAAAAACCUAAAUCAGAAAACCUCUGGUGAAAACAACAGAAAGAUCUAGGACUCUGGAUCAUCCUAAUAUGUUGUAUUAGUAAAAGCAGAAAGUAUUGACUUUAGGGGUGUGAAUAACUUUGUCUCCAGUUUAAGCAAUUAUUUUUUUUAACCUGAAAAUAAAGAAAAAUGCUGACAACAA